AUGGUUAAAAAGGUCAGAUUUUGGUAUUUUAAAAUAUGCAAUUUGGACGGUGUAUCAGAAAAAGGUAGCACUGUUAUUUCCAAAGGAAAAUCGAUUUUCGAAGGAGGACAACACACUUUCGAAGGUAAAAUCCAUAAAAUUUACAGCACGUUUGUUAAAAAUUUAAAUGAUCUAAAAAGUUUUGAUUGGCAGUUAAAAGAAAUAAAACACGAUAAUAUAAUAGAAUUUUAUGGGAUAACACAUGAUCUGGAAAAUAAUAUAAAAAUGCUAGUAUUGCAGCAUUCAACUGACGGAAGUUUAAAAGAGUACUUAAUUCAAGUUUCACAAAAAAUUGAACCGGCAGACAAAUUGAACAUUGCAAAAGAUAUAGUUAAUGGAUUAAAAUACUUGCAUGAUGAAGGAAUAACUUCACGGAGAUUUGAUCCACGGCUUUUAAAGAAUACGAAAGAACUGCCUGAUAAAGAAUCAGAUAUUUACAGUUUAGGAUUUAUUUUGUGGAGAGUAUUUAGUAAUGAUGAGCCAUUCUCAAACUAUGAAAAAAAUUUAAUCAAUCUCGUAAAUGAAAUUUAUCAAAAUAAGAGAGAAAAGCCCACAGUAGGGACACCUAAAAAGUAUAUUAAUGUUUAUGAAAAAUGUUGGUCAUCCAAUUUAAAUGAAAGACCGUCUAUCAAACAG